AGUGUACGGCUAUUUUAAUUCUGUAAACUGCUGCUGGAUCUGUGAUUCCUCAUGCCUUCAAGAAUUUCACCAAAGGAAGGCAUCUGGGGCUUCUUCUUCUACUGGAUCUGAAAGAGACAGCUAGUGUUAUAUUUCUUUGACCUCUAAAUUCAUGAAAAAUUAGAGAAAGAAAGAAAAAGAUGAUAGAGUUAAUGCUCAAGAAACCUUUGCUUAGUAUUGUAGUGGUGCUGAUAGUCUCUUUGUUCCUUAUUCUGUUCUCAUCAUCUUCUCCUUUCUCUGAAACCCCUUAUAGUAUUACUUCGUUCUCAGAUAGACCGGAGAUUUGGAGUCUUCGAAGGGUUGUUGAAUGGAGACCCUGCAAAUGGUGGCUUCAACAACCUCCUUCUCACAUUUGGAUUUGGUUUUUUGUGUUGAUAUGCUGCAGCUCUACCUGCUCACAGUAAUGGUUACAUUCGUGUGGAUUGCUAUGGUGGGCUCAAUCAGAUGAGAAGGGAUUUUUGCGAUGGCGUUGGGAUUGCUCGACUGCUUAAUGCAACUCUUGUUUUGCCCAAAUUUGAAGUGGCCGCAUAUUGGAAUGAAUCAAGUGGGUUUGCAGAUGUGUUUGAUGUGGAUUACUUCAUCCAAGAAAUGAAUGGCUAUGUUAAAGUAGUUAAAGAUUUGCCUGCAGAUAUUGCAUCAAAAGAACCUUUUCGAGUAGAUUGUAGCAAGAGAAAAGGCCAGUUUGAUUAUGUUGAAAGUGUACUUCCUGCUUUAUUGGAGCAUCGUUAUAUAUCUAUGACACCUGCAAUGAGUCAGAGAAGGGAUAGGUAUCCUUUACAUGGAAAGGCUGCUCUUUGUCAAGCUUGUUAUACUGCUCUGCGACUUACUAACUCUUUGGAGAAAAAGGGCCUUGAGCUUCUGCAGGCUAUACCUAAGCCCUUCCUCUCGCUGCACCUGAGGUUUGAACCUGACAUGGUUGCAUACAGCCAAUGUGAGUACUUUGGUCUUUCUUCUACCUCCUUAAAAGCUAUAGAGGCAGCACGUGCGGACCGCAAACCCUGGGCUGGAGAAGCAUCCCGUAUUUGGAGAAACCGCGGCAAGUGUCCCCUCACUCCAAAUGAGACUGCUCUCAUUCUUCAGGCUCUUUCCGUCCCUACAAACACAAAUAUAUAUUUGGCCGCUGGAGAUGGGCUUAUGGAACUUGAAGGGCUUACCUCUGUAUACACUAAUGCUGUUACAAAAUCCACCCUUCUUAGUGAUGAGGACUUCACAAGCAUGCAUGGAAACACAAAAGCUGCCCUUGAUUAUUAUGUAUCCAUUAACAGCGACUAUUACAUUGCUACGUACUUUGGGAAUAUGGAUAAGAUGGUAGCAGCAAUACGGGCUAUGAAGGGGUUGUACAAAACGCUUUUCUUAAGUAGGAGGGCUUUUGCAGUAUUCACAUCUCAAGGGCUCAGAGGGGAAAGAUUAAUGGAAGCACUGUGGAAGGCUCAUAGAGAUGAUUUUGUAAUGAGUAGGGGUUCUGCUUUAUCUGACUGCUUUUGUGAGUUCCAGUUAUAGGUAGAUUAUAAUCAUUUUUUAAAUCCUUUCAAAUUUAUGUAGUUUUGCAUCACUGAUUUGGUUUUGGGAGCAGAAAUUGUUACAUGAGAUACCUGGAUAGUCAGCAAGUUGUUUAAGUUGGAGACCACAGUUACUGUAUCUCGAAUAUUUGUAGAUCUGUCCCAGCAUGAAGGGCAUUGUUUAGCUAAUGAAUUGAACCAUGUAUUUGUUUUGAAGUGUUGCAUUUUAUUUUCUAUGUGCACGCCAAAUCUUUGCACAGUGGAAUUUGGACCA